UGAAGUUGUGAAUGCAGCAAAGGUGGUGCUUUCAUGCAUAAUCACAAACCAUUUCAGGUGGCAACAUUGCAUUCCAUUAUUACUCAAUAAAAGCCACUUGUUUUUUCAUCCCAUCCCAUAAUACAGCACUCCCCCCUCCGCAUCCACACUCUCUUCAACCCCUUUCCCAUUAUCCUUUCUUUACUUAUAUUUCCUCAACUACAAUCAGUCUCUAAUGGCUAAAGUUUUCACUUUUGAUGAGGUUGCUCAGCACAACACCAGAGAGGACUGUUGGCUUGUCCUCUUUGAAAAGGCUUACGAUGUGACUGCUUUCAUAGAUGAGCAUCCCGGUGGUGAUGAUCUUCUGUUGAAUGUAACAGGGAAGGAUGCAACUCCCGAGUUCAAAGCAGCAUGCCACACCUUCAAUGCUUGGAGCAUGAUGGAGAGGCUCUAUGUGGGUGAAGUCGAUAAAUCAACCAUUCCAUUUGAUAACACCACUACCACGCCUUUAUUGCAGACUCUCGCCAAAAAGGGCAAGGACACCACCACCACCACUCCUUCAUCGCAACUUCUCAACACAAAGGGCAAUAAUUCCAAUAAGUACCUCAUCUACCUCCUGCAAUUCUUGGUUCCUUUGAUUAUCGUGAAUUUGGCCGUUGCUUUCUUUUCCAAAUCAUCAGCAUGAAAAAGGGAGUCUAGUUUCUUUGUCUCAUCAUGUAAAAUAAAUCUAUUCAAAAGAAACAUGUUGUCAUUAUCUGACACCAGCUUCUAUUAUAUAAUUAAGGAAAUAGCAGGGUGUUUGUGUCUUAACUUAUGUUUUGUAUUUUCAUAAAUCAGCUUCUAUAAUUAAGGAAUACCAGGGUGCCCUGUCUCAA